GGUUGGUGCCUUUAACUUACAAGCAUCUAGGGGAGACGAGGAGAAGAAGAAAAAAAAAAAAAGAGGAACGUCCCCCCCCACCCCGGCUCUUAUCUGGAGCUACAAACCCGAGGAAAAGUUCGACAACUUUUUCACAUUUUGUCGACAUCUUGCCAUUGAACGCGUUAUGCUCAUAGGAUUUACUUUCUUUGCAUUUUCCGACUAGGAUUAAGUUCUGCAUGGAAACAAAUGAUAUUUGAACCCGCACAGAGGAGCGGAGAGAGGAGGUGGGUGUCGGAUAUAUAACCCAGUGUGAUUCUGUUCUUGUUCUUUAAUGCAUGUAUACUCUGCAUGUACAAGAAGCCCUGUUUUGGGUUAACAAAGGUAAAACAAUAAAGCAUUUGGUACCGCUGCGUGCUCAGUCACUCAAGUUUUAGGAAGAUUUUAAAGGUGUAACCCGUGGAGAAAACGAGGUUGCGGCAACUUUGCAGCGAAACGCAGGACACAGAAAGAGAGAAGUGCAAUAUAAGAACUUAAAUCAUGGCGUUGAAGGCCAGAGUGUUGUACGACUUCCACUCGGAGAACCCAGGGGAGAUCUCCAUAACAGAGAAUGAGAUGGUCACUCUUUUCAACGAGGAGGAGCUGGAGGGCUGGCUGGAGGGGGAGAACAGCAGGGGGGAGGUUGGUCUCUUCCCUGCCUCCUAUGUGGAGAUCACCAAGGACCAUAUCACCUCCAGCACCAACAACAACAACGGACUCUCCUCGCCCAAGUCCAAAGCCCUGACGCCCACCCACACCUCCUACACCUCCUCUGACACCCAGUCCCAGAAAGGACUUGGGGCUGGGAGUGGUGGCAGUGGGGGAGGAAGCUUCCACACCAGUCAUGGCAGUGAUGAUGACUGGGACGACGACUGGGAUGACAGCUCUCCCGCCACCGAUGCGCCACAGGGUUUUGGCAGCACGCCACCCUUGUACCCGGUGACCACCUCUUUGCCAGGGCGGCGUGAGAGCACCCAGCAGCAGCAGCAGCAGCAGCAGCAGCAUCAUGCAAAGAGCUCAGGGACCGUGGGGAGGAACCUCAACAGGUUUUCCACCUUCGUCAAGUCUGGCGGGGAGGCUUUCCUUCUUGGGGAGGCCUCUGCUUUUGUCAAGGAUGGGGACAGGAUCUGUGUGGUGAUGGGGAAGCAUGGGCCAGAGUGGCAGGAGGAUCCGUAUCCUUUCACUUGCACCAUUGACGACCCGACCAAGCAGACCAAGUUCAAGGGCAUGAAGAGCUACAUGUCCUAUGGCUUGACCCCAACGCACACUAAUACACAAGUUAACCGCAGGUAUAAACACUUCGACUGGCUGUAUGCUCGCCUUGUGGAGCGUUUCCCGGUCAUCUCGGUACCCCACCUGCCGGAAAAGCAGGCCACCGGUCGAUUCGAGGAGGACUUCAUUUCAAAGCGGAGAAAGGGACUAAUGUGGUGGAUGAACCAUAUGAUCAGCCACCCAGUGCUGGCACACUGUGACGUUUUCCAGCAUUUCCUAACAUGCGGGGCUGAUGAGAAGGCCUGGAAACAGGGCAAGAGGAAGGCAGAGAGGGAUGAUCUGGUCGGGGCCAAUUUCUUCCUCACAAUUAGUACUCCUGUCCUACUUGACCUCCAGGAAGUUGAGAGCAAGAUUGAAGGAUUCAAGACGUUCACAAAGACGAUGGACGAGAACAGCGUCAUCGUGAACGCAAACAUCAACGAGUUUGCUCGCAAGCAGGCGGUAGGGUUCAAAAAGGAGUACCAAAAGGUUGGACAGUCCUUCAAACUUCUGGCGCAGGCUUUUGAAAUAGACCAGCAGGCGUACUCAGUAGGCCUGAACAAAGCCAUCGCAGACACUGGUGAGGCGUACGAGGCCAUUGGAGAGUAUUUUGCUGAGCAGCCGCGCCAGGACCUGGAUCCUAUUUCUGACCUGCUGGACAUCUACAGAGGACACCUGGCCAAUUUUCCUGACAUCAUCCAUGUACAGAAAGGUGCACUGACCAAGGUGAAAGACUGUCCGAAGAAGGAAAGUGAGCUCCAAGACCGCUGCAACAUCAUUUCCUGCGCCACGCUGGCCGAGAUACAGCACUUCCACCGCACACGUGUACGGGACUUCCGCUUGCAAAUGCAGCACCACCUCCGUCAGCAGAUCAGCUUCUUCCAGAAGAUCACAGCCAAGCUGGAGGACACCCUUCAGAGGUAUGACGAUGACCAGUAGGAAGGAAACCGUUAAGUUAGACGACAAAGGCCAUGAGGAGACAAGGUAAAAGGGUGAUUGAUUGUCUGUCCUCCAGUAAUGGAGAAAACCAUUUGAUCUGAUGGAUCCUGGGCCCUGUGCAAGAGUACAAAGACCAAAUCCCACUCUUGAAAAAUGGAUGUCACUUGACUUCGAAUGACAACUUCUUGGGUUAACUGGACAGCUCUGAUGAAUGUACCAGUAACAUGGAAAUUUGCUGACAAUCCAGCCACAUCUUAAAACUCAGCAGGACUGCCAUGAUAUUAAAAACAGCUGCUCUCACUAAGACAAGGCUGCAUCUGGAUUCUCUGACACAGGCCCUCCAGAUCCCGUCAUGCCUCCACUGCCUGAACUCUUCAUUUAAAAACCCCUCAUGUGGGUAACCCUGAACCCAAAGGAGAACCCCCCCCCAAUCACUUAAACUGGAUCUUUUAAUGAUUGUGGAAGAGGACUUCAUAAACGGAAUGUUUUUUCUCAUCUUUCUAUGUGUCUGUUUUUUACUUGAACACCCUCUUCAGUAUUAUUUUAAUGGGACUUUAUAGCAUGCAAGUAUGUUUGAAUAGGCAAAGCAGACAAUGGGCAUAGUCUACUCUGUUGAUUCAGUUUAGGUGUUUGUUUCAUUAUAGCUUGAAAAAUGACCUACUUCUGAUGUCUGACAUCUCUCACUAACCUGAAAGUUUCACAGGCUUUUCUGGAACAUCAAUUUUAAGCCUUGUGUUCUGUGUUUUAUGUUUUAGUUGCCUUCCUUAAAGCAAUAAGGUGUCAGUCAGUCCGUUGUUGAUUUUAUGGUUUUAACGACUGUUUCCUUGGUUUUAGAAGCACCACUGCAGCUUUUUUGUAGCUGUAGGCCUUUAGUGUUUGAAAUCUGAGGUCCAAAUCAGUCUGUCUGACUCAUUUCUUGGAGGUCAGAGUGAUGCCGCUGGGCACAGACACUUAAAAAAACAAAGGACUCCUGGCAUUAGAGCUUUGAACCCAUAUCUAAAAGUUUAAACCAGCAGUUUGUAAGCGUCUCGUGUCAAAAUGAUAUAUUUCAGUUAUAUUUUAUUGUAUGAAAAAAAAGUCAGACAGUCUUAAAGGUAAAAUAUGCAACAUUAAUGAAGCAGAUGUAAAGUAUAACCUAAUUAAAUAUUUGAGUAAAAAAAAAGAAUGAAGACAAACUCCCUCUGGGCUUGUUCUGAUCUCUUACUGUUCAUACUGACGAGACGGCGCUUCAGUCUGUUUAUUCUUUGCUCAGAGGCUCAAACAUAUUUUCUUUCAAGUAAACCCUCCCUGUCCACCACUUGAGGGAAGAGAAAUGAGUCCGCCCACUAAGGGCCGCUGUAUGUUGUGGUACAAUGGCAGAGUUUCAUUGCCGAGAAGCAGAGAGUUCAAUUCAAGGAGAUCUGACUGACUUUCCAAACCAACUUUCCAAAAAUACUUUAAAGCUAUAAGAACCGAAUCAACUUUGCGCCGCAUAUCUGAUUGGAAAUCGGUCAGAGAAAGAGCUGCAAUCCAUCAGAACACUGAGGGACAGGAGGGUGGGAGGGGAAUUGGUGCACCUUAGGGACAGCUUUUUUUGUUUUGAGGGACUGAUGCUAUAAGGCAACAUCGACUGGAAAUCUACUCGGAAUGUCGCAUAUCAUACCUUCAAAGACACCAGAGUCUGUAGCCUCUUCUACAUUGAGGCUCUGCAGCAGUAACAAAGCUCUGCUGUCACAUGGCAUUGAGUAGUUUAAUAUUGAAUCGCUGUGCCAUUGUAUGAUUUUACUCAGAAGCAAGAUUAUAACAGACAUGAUGCAUAAUCAACCACUGUGAGCAUACAAACACAUACACACUCCCAUGUUCUACCAUCAUGACUCCAACGCUUUACGUAGUCUUGUCUCCAUACUGCCUCUGAGGCCGGCUUAGUGGUGUAAAGCUCUCAUUCCACUAUUACUCAUCUGACAUUGACUUUGAUGGUGAGGCAACAGAGGGGUAACUGUUCCAUAUUAGACAAUCAAUGUAAAAGGGGCUUAUGUUUUGAGCUUCUUUAAAGUGGUCUGACAGUACUGUCUUUAAAACUACCACUUGAGGUAGUAUUAAGUUAAAAAUAUUGUAUUUUACGUAGUGGCUUUAAAGGGUUUUGCUCUUCUUGAUGCGUGAAUGUGCUGCUUUUAACAAGUAGGUUUACUGUCUUAACCUUGUUACAAAGCAACCGGAAUUUGCCCACAGAACUGUUUUGUAGGUUGUUUUUUUUUCCAAUGUAUUGUGACGCUGGGCUAGGACACUUUUUCAAUUAAAAGUUUGCAUCCUGGAGAGUGUGUUUCAACACACACCAUCUUGCAGUGUUUUAUGAGCCUGACUCAAAGAGCAUGGCCCUGAGUGUAUUCAACAGUUAAAUCUACAAAGAGACACAUAUCCAGAAGGUUUGAAAUCCAACAAAUGUUCUCUCAUGACACAACAUGCACCAUACAGUAUGUAACUGAGAUAACCAAUUGAAUGCUUAACAAUGGGUUACCAUACCAAGUGAUGUCAGUUUUCAGCUCACUUAUCAGAAUAUUUCUGAUAAUGUCAAGGUUUUUUUUUUUUUUUCCUCCUGGGAUUCCUGAAGUAGGUUUGUAGUAGGAUAAACCACCAGUCAGGUUGUUAACAGUGUUCUGCAGAAACAUUUUAUUCACCUCAAUGAAACUUCAAAAAUAAUAAAGAACAGCAUUUCACUAAAUAAAUCAUCGUAAAGUUCAGUCAAA